GAACACAGCAAGCUGCAAAACUGCGAGAGACGCGGUGAUCGAAGGGGAGAGUGGAGCGGCGGUGGCGACGACGGCCAUCUUAGAGCUACCGUGGUAACCGACACUCAUCUUCUGGAUUUUAUUUUUCUUGGUAGAGAAACAUCCAGCCUGACUGACAAGGGAAGAAGAAGGUUGUUUUUUACUUCGCCGCGGUUGAACUCGAAGUCGGGAUGCGGUUCCGAGGGAAUAAACAAUUUGCAUCCGCUGUCGGACUGGUCCUCGGACUAUUAUGUGCGGUGGAGGCAGCUAAAGUCAAUAAGCACAAACCAUGGAUCGAGACAACGUACCAUGGGAUUGUAACGGAAAACGAUGACAAAGUGCUUCUGGAUCCCCCUCUGAUUGCGCUGGACAAGGAUGCUCCUCUACGUUACGCAGAGAGUUUUGAGGUGACCCUCUCUGAAGAAGGUGAGAUAUGUGGCUUCAGGAUUCAUGGACAGAAUGUGCCCUUCGAGGCCGUGGUCCUGGACAAGUCCACUGGCGAAGGGGUCAUCCGGGCCAAGGACAAGCUGGACUGCGAACUUCAGAAGGAGCACACCUUCACCAUCCAAGCCUAUGACUGUGGAGAGGGUCCUGAUGGCACCAAUAUGAAGAAAUCCCACAAGGCCACUGUGCACAUCCAGGUGAAUGACAUCAACGAGUAUUCACCGGUGUUCAAGGAGAAGUCCUACAAAGCCACUGUUAUUGAGGGGAAGAAGUAUGACAGCAUCCUGAAGGUGGAGGCAGUAGACGCUGACUGCUCCUUCCAGUUUAGUCAAAUCUGCAAUUAUGAGAUUGUCACCCCUGAUGUGCCCUUCACCAUAGACAAAGAUGGCUUCAUCAAGAACACAGAGAAACUGAGCUAUGGCAAAGAGCGCAUGUAUAAGCUGACUGUGACUGCCUACGACUGUGGAAAGAAUCGGGCCUCCGAGGACGUGCUGGUCAAGAUCAGCAUCAAGCCCACGUGCAAACCCAGCUGGCAAGGCUUCAAUAAGAGGAUUGAAUACGAGCCUGGCACAGGUAGCCUGGCCCUAUUCCCCAGCAUGCACCUGGAGACCUGUGAUGAGCCAAUUACCUCUAUUCGGGCCAGUAUUGAACUGGAAACAAACCAUAUUGGGAAGGGCUGCGACCGUGAUACUUACUCUGAGAAGUCGCUGCACAAGCUGUGCGGAGCAAGCUCCGGCACUGUGGAGCUCCUUCCUGCACCCAGCAGCUCCGCCAACUGGACGGUAGGGCUUCCCACGGAUAACGGGCAUGACAGUGACCAGGUGUUUGAGUUCAAUGGUACCCAGGCCAUCAAGGUGCCUGAUGGCCUGGUGAGCACUAGCCUGAAAGAGCCUUUCACCAUCUCUGUGUGGAUGAGACAUGGCCCUGGGGCCCAUGAGAAAGAGACCAUCCUCUGCAACUCUGACAAGACAGAAAUGAACAGACACCACUACUCACUUUACGUCCACAACUGUAGACUGAUCCUUCUGCUCCGCCAAGAUCCAUCAGAAGCUGAGAACUACAAACCAGCAGAAUUCCACUGGAAACUCGACCAGGUGUGUGACAAAGAAUGGCAUCAUUAUGUGCUGAAUGUGGAGUUCCCCACUGUGUCUUUGUUUGUGGAUGGGAGUGCCUUUGAGCCCUUCCUGGUUACAGAGGACUAUCCACUGCAUGCCUCCAAGAUUGAAACUCAGCUCACCAUUGGUGCCUGCUGGCAAGAAAACUCAGGACAUGACAAUGACACUGAGACAGUGUCUGAGCCCACCUCAGGUGGAAGCGCUCGAAUGGCUCAGUUUUUCCGGGGGAACCUAGCAGGGCUGAUGAUCCGCUCUGGCAAGCUGGAGAAUAAGAAGGUGAUCGAUUGCCUGUACACCUGCAAAGAGGGCCUGGACGUCCAGUUGCCAGAGGAGGUGGCUUCAGCUGUCAAGGUGGAGUUCAACCCCAACCAGUCCUCCCUGACCGUGGAGGGUGAUGAAAUCGAUGCCUUUGACAAGGUCAUGCAGCACAUCUCCUACUUGAACUCCCGCCAGUUCCCAACCCCUGGCAUCAGACACCUUCGCAUCUCCACCACUGUCAAGUGCUUCAGUGAAGAGUCCUGUGUAACGGUGCCCGAUGCCGAAGGUUAUGUGAUGGUGCUGCAGCCUGAAGAACCCAAGAUCAGCCUGAGCGGUAUUGACCACUUUGCCCGCAGCGCCACCGAAUUCGAGAGCCAGGAAGGUGUGAUGCUGUUCCCUGAGCUACGGAUCGUGAGCACCAUCACCCGGGAAGUAGAGGCCGACCCUGAGUCUGAAGCAGUAGGGGGAGCCAAUGAUGACCCCACAGUCCAAGAGGCCGUGGUAUCGGAGGAGAUCAUGCACAACCUGGACACAUGUGAAGUGACUGUGGUGGGAGAUGAGCUGGAUGGGGAGCAUGAGAGCCUGGAGGUGGACAUGCCCCCGCUGCAGCAACAUGGGCUGGAGAUGAGCUCCUCUAACCUGGGCCUCGUCAUCACUGGUGUGAACACCAUGGCCAACUAUGAGCAGGUCCUGCGCCUUAUCCAUUAUAAGAACUGGCACACAGAGGCUCUUUUUGACAGGAAAUUCAAACUGGUCUGCUCAGAACUCAACGGUCGCUACAUUAGCAAUGACUUCAGGGUUGAGGUGAAUGUAAUCCACACAGCUAGUCCCGUGGAGCAUGCUAACAAUGCCAUGGUGCAGCCGAACUUCAUCAACCCCGUUCAUCACGCUUCAGUGGAUCUGCCUGGUCACAACCUGGUCAACGCUCACCAGGCCUCAGUGGUUCCCAGCGCUGCCACCAUAGUCAUUGUAGUGUGUGUUAGCUUCCUGGUGUUUAUGAUCAUCCUGGGUGUGUUCCGCAUCCGAGCUGCACACCAGCGCACCAUGAGAGACCAGGAGAAUGGCAAGGAGAAUGAGAUGGACUGGGAUGACUCAGCCCUCACCAUCACUGUCAACCCCAUGGAGACGUAUGAGGACCAGCACAGCAGUGAGGAGGAGGAGGAAGAGGAGGAGGAGAGCGAGGAUGGUGAGGAGGAAGAUGACAUCACAAGCGCUGAGUCAGAGAGCAGCGAAGAUGAGGAGAACGGGGAGCCGGAGGACCAGAAGGGGGCCAGCAGACAGCAGCAGCUGGAGUGGGACGACUCCACCCUCACCUACUGAAACAACACACACGUAACACUCAACACAAAGUCUCACAUUCACACAGAUCCUCAGCUUCACCCCCACCCACAGUUUAAUGUACAAGGAGCCAUGAUGUAAAAAAAAAAAAAAAAAA